UUCUAGUGUUCAUCUCUCGAGCGCCUCUCUCUCGAUCUCUCGCUCGUCUUCUCUCCCGCUCCCAGCGAGCGGAGCACCACCUGGUCCGCCUCCACGCCGAUAUCUACCCCUCUCUCCCUCCCUCUCUUGGUUCCCAACCCUAGCUCCGCAUCCAUCCCCCUACUCACAUCUCUCACUUUCUAUCUUCUUGCUCUUUGCCCCUUCCUCCUGACCUCCCGAGGCGCUCAUGGGCACGGAACGUAGCGACGCUGCCGACGUCGAUAAGCUCUACGAGUAUGGAGAGAGGCUGAACGAGGCGCAGGACAAGUCCCAGCAUGUGAGUGACUAUGAAGGGAUAAUUUCUGCUGUGAAUGGUGAUAGUGUCAAGGCUAAGCAGCUGGCGGCACAGCUCAUACCUAGGUUUUUUAGGCAUUUCCCUAAUCUCUCUACCAAGGCCACGACUGCGCUGUUUGAUUUGGUUGAAGAGGAUGAGCUUGCGAUUAGAAUACAAGCAAUCCGUGGGCUUCCUCUCCUCUGUAAGGAUACACCUGAGUAUGUUUCUAAGAUUGUGGAUGUACUUGGCCAACUUCUAACUUCUGAGGAAACUGUUGAACGUGAUGCAGUGCACAAGGCCCUUAUGACUCUUUUAAGACAAGAUGCGAAAGCAUCAUUGACAGCACUAUUCAGGCAUAUUGAGCAAGGUGUGGAAAAUAUUCGAGAAAAGGUUAUUGGUUUCAUCAAGGACAAGGUGAUUCCUAUGAAAGGCGAGCUUCUGAAGCCUCAAGCAGAAAUGGAAAGGCAUGUCACUGAUUUGGUGAAGAAAAGUUUACAGGAUGUAACUGGUGAUGAGUUUAAGUUAUUUAUGGACUUCCUGAAUAGUUUCAGCAUAUUUAGGGAUAAUGCUCCUCCAGAGCGUGUGCAAGAACUGAUUGAAAUAAUUGAGGGACAAGCAGAUCUUCAUGCACAAUUCAAUGUCUCAGAUAUUGAUCACAUUAACAGAUUGAUCUCAUGCACGUUUAUGGCAAUUCCAUAUUUUAAGAGAGGUGCAUCAAGCAGCAACUUCCUCAACUACUUCAACAAACAGAUCAUUCCUGUUUUUGACAAGUUCCCUGAAGACCGGAAGUUAGAUUUGCUGAAGACUCUCGCUGGUAGUUCAGCUUAUGCGUCUGCCCAAGAUUCACGGCAGCUUCUUCCUGCUGUUGUUGAUCUACUUAAGAAAUAUAUGCCUCGAAGAAAGACAGAGGAGACAAAUUUUAAUUACGUGGAGUGCUUACUAUACGCUUUUCAUCACUUAGCCUACAAGACGCCAAACUCUACAAACAGUCUUUGUGGUUACAAGAUUGUAACUGGCCAGCCAUCAGACAGACUUGGAGAGGAUUUUUCUGAAAACUACAAGGAUUUUAUGGAAAGAUUAAGUUCAAUUGAGGAACUAGUGAAAGUAGCAAUGAAAAAACUAAACCAGGGGAUGGCGGAACAAGACAAAUUGAUGAGUGCAGCCAAGACUGAAGAGGCAAAGGCUGCUGUUAGAAAAGACAAGCAGAAAACCACCACCAGCCUACGCAUUUGUAACAAUAUACUUGCAAUGACACAGCCACUGCAUUCAAAAUCUCCAUCUUUCAUUGGCGAUGACAAAGUUAACCUAUCAGGAACUGAACUACCAAAGCGUGUGCAAGCGUCUGCAGGUGGCAAGAGGAGUGCAACUUCUGCCAAUGUUGCAACAAAUACAAUAGCUUCCAAGAAGGGGCGGGGUGCUGGAGGUAUGCAAAACCAGCUUGUGACUAGAGCUCUCGAAGGCUUAUCUCGUGGUGGGAGAAACAACGGAAGAGGAAGGGGUUGGGGUGGCCGUGGGAGGGGAAGAGGUUAUCGUUAAUUUCAAAUCUUUCAAGUGGAUACAUGUAUCAAUCAUGAACUUUUCUUCAGAGGUCACAUGGAAAUCCAAUCAUUUGGAGAAAGGUUGAUGAGUGGCGUUUCGGAGCUAUGUUUGGCUGAAUUUUUCCUUCUAGUCAGAGCAUGCAUGCCAAUCGGAGUUGCCCUUUUGCUAGGUUCUAAUGUUGUUUCCUCAGGGAGAAUUCAUUGUGAAGAUAUGUCUAAUGUUCACUGAGGGUGAUCUGCUGAUCAUAGAAGUGCUUUUUAUAUUAUUACUGAGGGAUUAUAGUUGUUGGAUUCAGGGUUAUGAAGCUAUUUGCUUGAUUUAGAUCACAUCUCAGAAUUUUUGAUCACUUGGAUUGUUAACUAUUCUGUUGCAAAAUAACAGGAUUAAACUGACAGUAUGCCAACUCUUUUAAGCUAUUCAACAUUUCCACUGACUGAUGCGAUAGAUUGUGAUGAA